CACAAAACCGGAAGUAGUUAAAUCUCAUGUCCGGCUUUCAGUCGCUGCGACUUGUCUUCAGGCCUAGCGACAACAUGGCGGACUUGUCUCUGGACGAGCUGAUCAGGAAACGGGGGGUCAGUGUGAACCUGAAGGGCAGGUUAAACACCAGGCCAGUAUUUGGUAGUAUCAGAUCCCGAACUGGAGUCCAACAAACUUUUCUUGGCAGGCCAACAUCAAGUGUUGGUUUCCAACGGACAUUUGAUGCACGUCAAAAGAUUGGUGUUACUGAUGCCCGACAGAAAAUUGGUGUGAAAGAUGCCCGGGAGAAACUGCUUCAGAAAGAUGCCAGGUUCAAAAUUAAAGGGAAAGUACAAGAUGCCCGAGAGAUGCUCAAUUCUCGAAAACAACAAAGUGUCGAGAAGGUGGCCAAAGUUGUUGAUGCUAGAGAGAAGAUCAGCUUGAAAAGGAGUGCACCUACUGUACCUACUGCAGCCAUUAUAAACAGUGCUAUGGAAGCAGUGGUCCCUGCCAUGAAGAUAACAAAAACUAUUCAACAGAAGGCUGCAGCUCCAUCACACUCUCACCCUGCAGGUAUGAAGAUCAAUGUUGUGAAUAAUCACACACACAAACAGUGCCUGUAUGACAUGGAAGAUGAUGAAGAAACUGUAUCUCCCCUUCCUAGCAAACAAAUGAAAAUUACUACCACAAACAGCUUUCUUCAUAGUACAGUAAGAGUCUGUCUUCAUAGCUUACUCUUUUACAACCCCUUCCCCCAAGCUCCUGAUGUGCAAAUGAAUUCUGACAACUGUGUGCGUACAAUGAAUUAACAAAUUAUUGCAGCC